UAUGUAUUUAAAGUGAGCCUUGAGUCAUACUUUGUGCUUUCGUCUGUCAUUUUAUUUUUUGUUAUUGCUAUCUUUUUGUAUACAAUUUAUUGUUUGUUUUUAUCUUUAAGGAAUAUCUUUCAAAAUGGUAUAAGUUUCAAUUUUAGAAAAUUUGAAUUCAUAUCCUUUUGUUCACAAAAUAAACUUUGUUUGGUAUUGGAGCAUUUGAAAUGCUUGGCCAAUUUAAUGUACGUAGUAUUUUGAAACCGCUUUACACUAUCAAUAAACGCAUUAUAAGUACUUGUCGUCCAGAUUAUCAUGGCGAAUAUGAAUGGCAAGACGCGAAAUCUGAGAGUGAGGUAGUUCAUAUUAAGUAUAUUGGCAAAGAUGGAAAGGAAACUGUAGUAAAAGGCAAGGUUGGUGAUAACGUACUAUAUUUAGCUCAUCGUUAUGGUAUAGAAAUGGAAGGUGCUUGUGAAGCGUCAUUGGCUUGCACAACAUGCCAUGUUUAUGUGGCGGAAGGUUAUUUAGAUAAAAUACCAGAAUCCACUGAAAAAGAAGACGAUCUCCUCGAUAUGGCACCCUUUUUAAAAGAAAAUUCCAGACUAGGUUGUCAAAUUAUUUUGACCAAAGAAAUGAAUGGUAUGACGCUUGAGCUACCAAAAGCAACAAGAAAUUUUUAUGUUGACGGACACAAGCCAAAGCCUCAUUGAUUAAUUUAUGAAAAUAUGUAUAUGCGUAUAUUUCAUUUCAAUAAAAUAGAUAUUUGUUAUUAAUUUUUA